ACCUUGUGCAUUUCCUGAAGGAGGAGGAGGAGGAGGAGGAGAGGAGGGGGAGCCGGACUGGAGGGAUCAAAGAGUGCUCACGUUUCUGCUUCAACACAAAGCUGUAUGACGCCCUCAAUGAGGAGCUGAAGUUUGCACGUCUCUGCCUUUCCUUCGGUGGCGCGCAGGGAAUUACCUCUUGCCUUUUUUACCUGUUGGGGGUCUGGUGAAGCCCCAGGUGCCUGCAGUGGAGCCUUGGUGAAGAAUCACAGGUGCAGAGGCCAACAGAAGCAGCGAUGCCUUUCCCUGAGGCAGAGGAGGCUGCAUUGAACACUGGCCAGAGCCCACCAUUGAGUGGGAUUUUGCAGGAGAAUAACCAAGGUGCCACCUCAUCUGGAAUGUUGGCAAUUUCAGAGACUGAGGAUCACAGUGAAGCCUUGUCAGUCAGUAAUGAAGGCGAAUUGUCAAACAGCUUACCUGGAGAAGACCUGGAUGAGUGCCUUGUCUACCCGAGAGAGCUCUGUCCACAUCUCUGCAUCAACACAGUGGGAUCUUAUAAGUGCUUCUGCUUCCCAGGAUUUACUCUGCAGGAUGAUGGUCCCAGCUGCAGCCCAGAUUUUGAAGAAGAUGGACAAAACACUACCUUAGGGGACAAAGCUCCUCUUGCUCCAGAAACCCUGAAUAUUCAGCCUGUGACAAUCAACAAUCUACAUGUGGAGGAAGAUACGUGUAAAGACAAUGGUGCCUGCAAGAACAAAUGUAGUACUCUGGAAGGAAAGAUAGAGUGCUCCUGUCUACCUGGUUUUGCCCUCAUGUCAGAUGGGGUUUCUUGUGAAGGUGCUGGAAUUAUGUCUGCAAUGCAUUCUCAGCUAUUUUGUCCUUGUGAUGGAGUGGAAGUAGCUUCGAUGCAACGAGAUCAGGAGAAGAACCGGGUAUGUGAACUGCAAGGAGAAAAUGAUCUUCUCCUUCAAGAUCUGGUGACUUUUGAGGAGGUGUCUGUGCAUUUCAGUGAGGAGGAGUGGGCUCUGCUGGAUCGGGACCAAAGAGCGCUGCACAAGGAAGUCAUGGAGGAGAAUUUUGCAAUCGUGGCCUCACUGAGACUUGACAAAUUUUCUUUGGAUCUAGGAGCCAGCCCCACAGUUUAUGAGCCAGACCAUGGACACUUGACAAAAUUACCUGAUGCUGAAGAUGGAGAAGUCAUUGACAGGCAGAAGAUUAAGAACAAGGAAAAUCCCCAUGGAGGAUUGAUGGAAGGUGGCAUGUGUAUAAAGAGGGGAAAGCUGAGAACAAAAGCUGGAACAGAACAGAAAAGGAGGAAUGGAUCUGCUGCUUCCCAGCAUGAUGAUUGCCAUGAAUUCAGAAUCCAAGAAAUAGUGGACACUGGGACAAAAAGAAAUCUGUGCCCGGCUUACAAGGAAAGCUUUACUGUUGAAUCCAACCGUAAGCCUCAAUGGAAAAGGCAUACAGAGAAAAAACCACAUAAAUGCUUGGAGUGUGGGAAGAACUUCAGACAAAGUGGCAUACUUGCUAUACAUCAAAGAAGUCACACUGGAGAGAAACCAUAUAGAUGCUUGCAGUGCGGAAAAAGCUUCAGUAUGAUUACAAACCUCACUGUUCAUCAAAGGAUUCAUACAGGGGAGAAACCAUAUAAGUGCUUGGAGUGUGGAAAGAGCUUCCGUCGAACUGAUUCCCUUGUGAUACACCACAGAACUCACACAGGGGAGAAACCAUAUGAUUGUUUUCAGUGUGGAAAGAGCUUUAAUGCAAGCACAAAUCUCACUAAACAUCAAAGAAUUCACACAAGUGAAACAGCAAAUAGUUGCAGUGAAAAUAAUACACACCUCAUCUCACAUGAAAGGAUUCACACAGGGGAGAAACCAUAUAAGUGUUUGGAGUGCGGAAAGAGUUUCACUCGAAGUGGAACUCUUAUUAUACAUCAAAGGAUUCACACAGGAGAGAAACCAUACAGAUGCUUGGAGUGUGGAAAGAGCUUUAAUCAAAGUGGAUAUCUUGCUUUACAUCACAGGUUUCACACAGGGGAGAAACCAUAUAAAUGCUUGGAGUGCGGAAAGAGCUUUGCUCAAGCUCACUACCUCGGUUUACAUCAAAGAAUGCACACAGGGGAGAAACCAUAUACAUGCAUACAGUGUGGGAAAUGCUUUAGAGAUAAUGGAAAACUUAUUAUACAUCAAAGGAUCCACACAGGAGAGAAACCAUAUAUAUGCUUGCAGUGUGGAAAGAGCUUCAGGGUGAGUGGAUAUCUUACUAUACAUAAACGAAGCCACUCCGGGGAGAAACCAUAUGGAUGCGUGGAGUGUGGAAAGAGAUUUGGCCACAGGCAUCAUCUUAGAGUCCAUCAAAGAAUGCACACUGGGGAGAAACCGUAUAAUUGCUUUGAGUGUGGAAAGAGCUUCUAUCAAUCUCAAUCCCUUACUUCACAUCAAAGAAUUCAUACCGGGGAGAAACCCUAUGAAUGCCUGGAGUGUGGAAAGAGCUUCAGGCAAUCUAGUUCCCUUACUUCACAUCAAAGAAUUCACACAGGGGAGAAACCAUAUACAUGCUUGGAGUGUGGAAAGACCUUCAUAGACAAGUCAGGUCUAAGUUCACAUCAAAGGACCCACACAGGAGAGAAACCAUAUGAAUGCUUGGAGUGUGGAAAGAGCUUCAGUCGAAGUGACACUCUUAUCACGCAUCGCAGAAUUCAUACAGGAGAGAAACCAUAUGGUUGUUGGCAGUGCGGGAAGAGCUUUCGCGCAAGCAGAGACCUUAAUAGACAUCAAAGAAUUCAUAUGAGGGAAAUACCAAAUAAAUGCAAGGAUAGUGGAAAUAAUCCACACAUCAUUUCACAAUGAAAGAUUCACAUGGAGAGAAACCAUAUGAAUGCUUGGAGUGUGGAAAGAGCUUUAGGGAGAGUGGAUAUCUUACUGUCAAUGAACCCACUCCAGGGAGAAACCAUAUGGAUGCUUGUAGUGCAGAAAGAGCUUCAGCUACAGUCAACCUCUUAGAAUUCAUCAAAUAAUGUACACUGGGGGGAAACCAUAUAAUUGCUUUGAGUGUGGAAAGAGCUAUUCGUCUCAUUCCCUUACCUCACAUCAAAUAAUGCACACCGGGAAGAAACCCUGUGAAUGCUUGGAUUGUAGAAAGGGCUUCAGAGGGGGAGCAUUUCAUCAAAGCACUCUCACUGGAGAAAAACCAUAUAAAUGCAUGAACUGUGAGAAGUCCUUCUGCUGUAGGUACCUCCUUAUCUCACAUCAAAGAACCCACUCGGGUGAUUUAAAAUGAAUUCCAAGAAAAGAGCCACAAUCUGUUAUGGCAAAAGCCAUGUAGAAUCAUGUGACACCUUAAAAACCUACCUUUUAUCUUGACAUGAGUUUUUAUGGGAUGCAGUUGAAGAAAGAAGAGCCUUGCUUAUGCAAGCCAGUGCUUCACUGCACAGUUCAAGCUCAAUGCUUCAGUACUGAUCCCGCCCCCUUCUCUCUCAAUGUGGUGUGGAGCAGCAACAUCAUCCACUGAGACCCUUCCUGCCACGCAUUUCAUGAACCUUUCGUUUUUUGAUGUUUUUAAGAAGACUUUGCAAGAGAGAGUGCACAGCUUCCCCUUUUUCUUUUUAAAAUAAAGGGUGUGAAAUCAAGAAAGGCAGUUGUCCACCCUCUAUUAAAGACUGAUGGGCUGUUACUCCAUUUAGUGCUUAUCAUCUUACAUCAUGAUGGCUCUGUGGUCCUCGAGUACCAUCUGGUCCUCUUGUUUUGGAUACAUUUCAGCUGUACAGCCUGAAGGUAUGGACAAGAUCCUCAGUAGUGUCACAGUAAAGUAAAGGUAAAGUUGUGCUGUCAAGUCAGUGUUGACUCCUGGCGACCAUAGAGCCCUGUGGUUGUCUUUGGUAAAAUACAGGAGGGGUUUACCAUUGCCAUCUCCCACAUAGUAUGAAGUGCCUUUCAGCACCUUCCUAUAUCACAGCUUCCCGAUAUAGGGAAACACCUAGUCCACAUAGUCAGGGAAACAUACCAGCGGGGAUUCGAACCAGCAACCUCUUGCUCCCAAGGCAAGUUACUUCCCCACUGCGCCAUUAGGUGGCUCACAGUAGCCUCAUGUAUUCUUGCCGUGUGCCCAUCUUGCCUAGUAAAAGCUAACAAAGGGAGGACUGGCAAGUGUCUUGAUGUGGUUAUUAAUGCCUCAUUGGUGCAGGGGAAGGUGUAGACGGUUCUCAGAACUAAUGCUGAAGAAGGCUUCUCUAGAUGACUCCAGACUGGAAAGUUGUUAGCCGGGUUCUUCUCUUCUCUCUUUCGGCAAGGUGAUAGAACCAGUGGCUCCUGUCCUGUGGCUGUGUCAUCAAACCUUAAGAUAACUUGUCUCAGCUCACUGAUGCAUGGAAGUAGGGAUGCUCUGCAAAUGCUGUCCACAGUUCCAGCAGCAUUUAAUGAGUGGCACGAAAAGCACCAGCCAGGAUGAACAGGCCAGGCUACAUUUUGAAUUCUGUUAGGGCAAGUGGCUUCAACACUUUGUGUUUCCUCGGAUGGCUCUCUUUCCAUUGUGUGAAUGUGCUCUUGCUUGGUUUCCCCAGGAAUGAUGAUGAAAAAUUUCUUCUCUCACCACAGGCAUGAGGCUUUCCUCUAUUGUGCCUUGGAUUGUUUCAUGUGCUGCCCCUUCUUCACAUGUGUAUAAAGUCUGCAUUGGGCCAGCGAUGGACUGGUUGUGAUGUUGUAGACGAUAUCCUGCCAUUCCUGCCUCUCGUGUAACCCAUGACCUCAGUAUCUUCACUGGUAGAUGAGCAAGCUUUAGCAAAACCUGCUCAGUGCUAUGUGGCCCACCUCAAUAUCUUCCUGCUUUCUCCACCUGGAAAUAAGCUCCACACCGUGGAGAAAGGGCUCCUGAGUUUCUUGAUCUCUCCUGGGCUGACAGAAACUUGGAUACCUGGAAGAGACAGAGGCCUCAAUUUCCUAUUGAAUAGAAAAGUGACAGCCACCCCAGCUAACUUAAUCUUGAUUGGAGGAGAGUGACCUUCACCUCCUGACCGCCUGUGUGGGCAGCUUAAAAAAGGAGGAUUGAAUGAAUGAUAGAAGUUGGGUUUUUUUCUGUCUAAAGCUGGACUAAAGACUUGGAUAAAAUUCUGCUUGUAAGCUCUCCUUUAGACUCUUUAUUAGGAAAUAAAUACGUUUUUGCUAUCUUCUUUUUAUGCCUCUACACUUUCCUCUGUCACUGCUGAUCAUCGUUCCUUCUACUUCAAUAAAUAUAUUCUUCUAAAUGGUUUUACUGAGCUGGGUGAGCAUGUUUUGAGUGCACUGAGAAAAAAGUUCUCUCUGCUGGUUAGUCAUACUACUUGACUUAGAGAACCAGAGAGGAGAACCCAUCAAGACCUCACUCUGGGGAGAAAAAGGAGGUGGAUGGGGCCAGCAUCUCCAAACUCAAAUCCAAAGAGCCACAGGUCCUCUUUGCUGUGCCGUUGGUUGGUGUCGCUGAAGAAGGUGGUGGCAGUGACCCAGGUGGUAGGACCCAUGAGUAACUUUGGGGCAGAAACUUUUUUAAAAGCCCAAGAGCUGAUCCCCAAGUUUCUCCACACCAUCCAUCCCUUUCUGUGAGGCUCUGCCCCACCAGGAUAAGUAAGAAAGCAUUAGAUAAAGAACUUUGGCUUAUGCUGGGAACUGGCCUGGCUGAAAGGCCUGUUUGAGAAAGUAUCUUUGGUCAAGAAGAGGCUGAGACCUAGAAAGCAAUCUCUUAAACUGCUUAAAGUAUGCUUCUGUGUCCUGCUUGCCGAGCAGCCUACAAAAACAAGUAAGACCCAAUAGCUAGGUUACAUCUGGGCCACCAGAGAGGAGCCUGCCGGCAGCAAAGGGACAUAGGCCAAGCCACAAAGGGUAUUUCCAAGAAGUAAGAGACAAAAAGUGAAAGUGACAGUCGAGUAGAAAACUGCCCAUCUGUGUGACCCAGGAGGACAACGGAGAGGAUGUGACAGACCUCAGAAUAUCAUGAGAGUCCAGAUGGAUAUCACAGUCCAAAGGAGAAGGGGACCACCCAGACGCUGAGAAGGUACAUGCCAGAUGUCUGAUGGCUGCAGCCAAGAUAAAAGGGAAGAACCUGAAAGGUGAACUCAAAGCAGAGACCAGAAGCCUGCUUGAAAAGCAAUAGCCAGAAGGAGACCAUCAGGAUCUGCACACACUGCCCAGUCUCUGCCCAGUUUGGGGUAUAAAAGAUAGCCAGACUGUGACUGGGGACCUUCAGCCUCCAUCGAAACUCAGAGUGUACCUGUGGGCGCCCUUCCUUGCUGUACGCCCUUCACUCUGCAUGUCGGUGGACCUAGCUAGCUCGCACUCCGGCCAAAGUCCUGACCUAGCUAAGUAGGUAUCAGUAGAUAGGUUGCUAUUUUAUUAAUAUCAUGAAAGCUUGAUGUAUUUUGAAUAUGCCACCCAGUGGUCUUGCUUUAUUGCUGUGUUAAUAGUAAUUGCAAUAGGAAUUAUUGUUUGCCUUGCCAAAAUUGUGUGUGUUCUGUUGGGUGCAGAAGCACCUCAGCCAACAGGCUUAAGCAGGUGGGGUGGUUCAGAGACACUCCAUUUGUCUGUAUCCAAUAAACCAUAAGUAUUUUAUAUUCUACAA